AGACACACAACCAAAAAGGUCUGCGAAUGUAGCAGUAAAACAGAAACCUUAUUAUCAUUUCACCCUCUUCUCUCUGCGCAACGGUUCAUCUUCUCGUUUCGGUGCAAUAAUGGAAUCGGCUGAGGAAGAGCUUCUAAAGAAGGCAGAGAAGCUUCAGUCAGACAAAUUAGCUACGAUCAGCUUCACUCCUGUGCGCAUUGCUGAUCUUGAUGGAUUUCUCAGCGAUGCCUAUGUUAGACAGUGUCCAAAACCAAUUGAUUAUCACAAUAGACAAGAUUUGGUUCGCAUCUUCAAUGUGAUGUCGAAGGAAAUAUAUGGCAAUAGUUAUAACUGCCCUGUUGUGGAAGGAUUUGGAUCAUUUGUAAUGGAUAUGUUCAACUACAAAAGUGAUCUUGACUUGUCUAUCAAUUUCAAUAAUUCAAUUGAAGUUCCACGGAAGAAGAAGAUUCAAACCCUUCGAAAGUUCGCAAAGAAAUUACUCUCAAUUCAAAGAAAAGGACAUGUCACAGGUUUACAGUCUAUCACGACCGCCAGGGUACCAAUUAUAAAAGUUACUGAUAGUGGAACAGGUGUUGAAUGUGAUAUAUCAGUCGAUAAUAGGGAUGGCAUUGCCAAAUCCCAUAUUAUCCAUGCAAUUUCUGGCAUAGAUGAAAGGUUUCGGAAGCUAAGUUUUCUGAUGAAAUCCUGGGCAAAAGCACAUAAUGUCAACAGUUCCAAAGACCGAACUCUAAAUUCUUUAUCUAUUGUAUCAUUCGUUGCUUUUCAUUUACAGACUUGCAAUCCUCCUAUAUUACCUCCAUUCUCUACUUUACUUAAGGAGGGAGCUGAUCCAUCAUCUGUGACUAAGAUAGUUAAAACUUAUUUCAACUAUGGGAAAGAGAACAAAGAGUCAUUGGCUAAGCUUUUCAUUACUUUUUUUCUCAAGCUAGCAUCAGUUGAAAAGCUUUGGCAAAAAGGAUUUUGUGCAAGCUUAUAUGAAGGGUCGUGGAUUAUAAAAUCAUGGGAUCGUUUUUACUCAAUAAGUAUUGAGGAUUUCAUGGAUCGGUCUCAAAACGUUGCUAGAGCUGUUGGAACGGAAGAGGUAAAGACAAUCUACAGUUGUAUCCAUAAAUCUCUUAACUACAUUUCGCUGUUUCUAAGUGGCCAGAUGCAGGGAACCGAAUUGAUGGAUCUUUUGUUUGGAGUACAUACUGUUUUUACUCUAGGAGUUGAGGGUACUAGCAACAAGAAUAACCUUCCUACUUUGCAAAAUCCUUGUCCACCAAAAAAGAGACACUUAGUGGAAGGUUUAGUAGAAAACCAGGUUCAGAAACCUAGUGAAAGAAAUUUUGUUCAAGGUUUGCAAGGAACUGAACCCCAUGGCAGCAUGGGUUGGAUGCAGCAAGCUCGGGGUGAAACUGUGCAUAAUGCACUUGCUUCUUUUACUCCCUCGGUUUCCUACCAACCUCCUCAUGCUAUUCAUAGUACAACUAUUAAGGUGCAUCAAGGUUACGGUCCAGGGACAGUUCCUUCUCGUUUUGCCUUAAACCCAGUAGCUUUUGAAGGGUCUUAUAAUCCUUCCAAACAAUCUCAUCCUGUUUCCUCACAAAGUUCCCUGGACCUUGUUGGGACAUUUCAUCAAAGAGCUGUAACUCCAGAUCCUUGUCGUGGAUCAAUUCAUACACAACCUCCUCAAGUAAGCCAUUACCAAUACAGAGGAGACCAUACCUUCUACAAUCAUAGGAGCAAUUAAUUUCAAUCUAAGGAGGAUUGUUUCUCGUAUAUAUAUUUGUCUUGUCAAAUUAAGUUUACAUUAACAAGAAAUUUACAUGUAGGCAACCAAAUUCCUUCUCUUUCUCUCCCUCCUUCCGUUUAUUGCCUUGAAUUGAAACAUCCCUGAUUUUUAUGCUGUUCAGAAUGGAAAAUUUAUUUUUCCUUGUUCUGUUAUCGUUGGAAAUGUUAAGAGGCAGAACAGAAAAUUUCUUCUAUUGCUUAGAGUUCACCCUGCAGGACUGACGGAGAGCAGUGAUGAAGCUUUUGGCUAGCAUCCGGCUUGUGAAGGCUGAAACUGUUUUGAUAUGGAAAAAUGAGAAUUAGAAAGUCAUUAUUUUUAUUUUUAUUUGUUGAAGUAAUUUUCUGGACCAGAAUUUAUAAUCCAGAGGCCAGAAAUGGAAGGGCAACUCAUUUUGUGAUAUUUUUUAUAAUAGUCUGGUACUAACACUUUUGUUUUUGUUUUUUUUUCAAACUACCAACACUUUUUGAACACUUAUUUCAAUAUAUUUUUUAU